AUGGGGAACGACGGUAGCUCCAUCUCGAAGGUAAAAACGCUACUGACGGCUACCAAGCGACGUAGUAGCGGUUCUCAGAACUCAGAAUCUCGAACUUUUGAUUCUGUAUCCAGAUGGUCAAUAUGUAGACUAAGUAACGCACCAUUGCAACCACCAGUAGUCAGUGAUUACCGUGGCAAUCUUUUCAAUAAAGAAUCGAUUCUGGAAUGGCUGCUGACACCACACAAGGAGGACUACUCUGACGACCAAGUCCGAUUGUUUGGCCACAUAAAGACCUUGAAAGACGUUAUAGAGCUACACAACAUCGUGGAGGUCGAAGUGGGCGACAAAGGGUCGGUGCUGAAAUGCGAUGUGGGAGACGAAAUAUGGGGCAAAAGCUCAGGCAAGUUUUCGUAUUUGGCACCAUGCGGGGAUGUCGUGCCACGACGAACGCUCGGUGGAGACCAAUGUGCUGCUUGCAGCGUUCAGUACAAAAACACCGACGUGAUAGCAUUAAAUCCAAGCGCAGAAGAGUUGUCGGUCCUUGAAAAACGCAUGGCUAAACUCAAGAGUAAAGGUCUAACACAUAGUGGGAAACCGGUCAAAACGAAAAAACGGAAGGCCAACCCACAGGACGACACCGAGAAGAGCCCGAAACGCCAGAAUAAGUGA